GGAAACACGCCUUUUCUCAUUUAUACAACAUUACCGGAGAGACUUCGGGAGUCGGCAAACUUCACACACACUGUUUUUCUCGUUCAUCAUAUCAAUGAUAAUUCUUUCUUAAAUUUUCGGACUUACACACCCGCAGAAAUGACUCUACCAUACUCUCACAGCGUGAGGACACGGAACACCGUCACCGUCGCGGAACCGAGCUCACACACUGUCCUGACAUCCACUCCCGUCGGGAUAAACAACGGAUCGACGACUUAUCGCACGGUAACCGUCGCCGGAUCUCAGAUGCAACCAACCUCUCCGGUCGGGAUGAGCGAAGGAACGACUUACCGCACGGUAACCCUCGCUGGGUCUCAGCUGCAACCAGCCUCUCCUGUCGGGAUAAGUGACGGUUCGACGUCUUACCGCACCGUAACCCUCGCUGGAUCUCAACUACAGCCGGUCCAGUACAUUAGCAACCAAAUGGAGGGGAACGUGGUGUACGGGAGCGCGCGUUACCUGGUGCCCGUGCAGCAGCGGCCCGCGGAGUCGUACGUGUACCUGAGCCAGGCGCCGCGCGUCAUGCAACAAGUGUACGUCCAGCCCGCGAGCGUCAGCAGCGUCGACGAGACCGACUACAGACAAGUUAACAUAAAUGGACAAACGUCGGUCUACAGCCAGUUAUCCAGUCCCGUCAAGAGCCCUGAUCCAUCUGAGUCGGAGUUGGUGGAGAGCUCAAGCAUUGUUGAGGAAGUCGCCGUGGACUUGAGGGAUAUGAACAAUGGCUUCUCGUCUGAGGUCAAGACCGAGGUAUUCGAGGCGGAGCCCGUGGCCAAGAUGGACAACCGCUUCUUCGGUGAGCUGCUUGCUGAGGUUUACCGCAAGAACUCCGACAUACACACCUGCAUCUCCGAGCACGUGGCCAAGAUCCGGGGAAGGAAACACCUUCUGGACUCCACCAUCGACUACAAGGUGGACAAAGAUGAAAUAGAAAGUCUAAUUCCCAAAGGAGUGUCUGAACUGACUAAGCAACAGAUCCGCUACCUGCUGCAGACUCGUGUGACCGCUGAUAAGACCAUGCGUCUGUUGAUGGCCACGUUCAGCAGUCUGCGAGAGGAACUCGUGCGUAUGCAGGACGACCUGAGGCAUCUGGAGAGCGAGAAGGACGAUCUGGAGAAAGAACUGAGCUUUAAGAAAAAUCAAGGUUCUCAAUAUGAGAAACUGCUGGAGAACGUACGCGAGCAGUGCAGACAACUGCAGGCGGCCGUGAAGGAAAGUAACAGCGCUCAGCGUUCACUAGAGAGUCAGCUACUGAUGUUCCAGAGCAAAGACCCGAGCAAAGACUUCCGUAUCAAAGAGCUGGAGGGCAGCAAGCGGGCGCUGGAGCAGGAGAACGAGCUGCUCCGCAAGAAGAUGACGGGUCAGUGCAGCAGCUCCACAGUCCAGAUCCAGACACAGGAGCUGUCUCGCGAGUAUGAGCGGAUGCUGAAUGAACUGCGGGCGGAGAAGGACCGAGAGCUCCAGAACAUGCGGUCUCAGCUUGUGAAGAUCCAGACGGAGCGCACCGUCACACACACGUCCGACAGCACGCUGGAGCUGCGCAUCACUGAGCUCCUGACCAAACUGGAGCAACACGAGAGCGUCAUCCGACACCAGGAGGAGGAGAUCAAGCGACUCCGACAGCAGAAGAUUGACAGCUCCAGCAGUGCGACGAAGACUAUCGUUACAAAGAGAUACGCCACCCAGUACCCUAUACUGGGCCUGCUGAGUGACGACUACAAGUACACACCCCCAAUUAAAGAGGACCGGACCAUCGUCUUCGAGACCACCGGCGAGGUCACCACACGAGUCAUCUAGAUCAUUGCCCGUCCUCUCUCUCUCCUGCAUGCUCCUCUCGGUGGCGGUGGCGCUGGCUUUUAGUGGAUUUGGAGAAUGCCGUAUGAAGUAUAUGAACCAACCACAGCAUUUAAUGGCACAGCAUCUCCCAGAAGCACCUUGUUUAUUACGAUAUAGCGUGACUACUGACAGUUAUUUUUAUAUUUGUGUGUCAUGUCUUGUGUGUUAUGUCUGUAACACUACUGUAAGGAUGUAAAUAUUUGGAGAGAAACGACUUGCAAGUGUCACACACACACACACACACACA